AUGGGGCCGAAGAGAGGGGGAUACUGGCAACGCAAGAAGGACGAAAGGUCGAGAUCCUUCGCCAAGAGGGGGAGGGUAGGAGGGUGGGGCGACUACGGUCCAGGUGGACCUGUGAAGGCGGGAUCUGGCAGUCAAACGGAAGGAGCCGCAGCCGGGGAAGCUGCCGCUGAGGGCGCAACGACAGUCGCGGAGGCAUCUCGCGACGACGCGAAGAGCCCUACUGCUGCUGCGGCUGCAGCGGCUGCAGCGGCUGUCGCUCGCAAGAGAAAGGGCCAGGGCAAAUCCAAGUCCUCUGGCAACAACAGGGGGGGGCGCAAUCCGCAGAAGCGACGAGUGGAAACUGUACAUGCUGGCUCGUACGCUGGGGAGCUGGGCGCGACUCUCAGCGAGGAGCGCCGCCAAUUGCUCAAGGAGCGCCUGGAGGAGGACGACAGGAAAGCGGCGCAGGAGAAGGAGGAGCAGGAGAAGAAGCAGGCCGCCGCACCUUCCGCUGAUGGAGCCUCCGCUGACGAAGCCGGCCCAGUUGUAGGGCCCAACGGGGAGGGCGGAGUGGCGUCGAGCUCGAGCAAGAAGAAAGUAGCCCUGCUUAUUUCCUACUGGGGCAACAACUACCAGGGUUUACAAAUAAACAAGGGUGCCAGGACCAUCGAAGCGGAGCUGGAGCUAGCCCUGUACCUGGCGGGGACAAUAAGCAAGGACAACUUCGGGAACCCGAGGAAGGUUUCUUGGUCCCGUGCCGGCCGCACCGAUAAGGGGGUUCACGCCGCAGCACAGGUGAUAUCGGUGAAGCUGACAUACCUGAACGACGGCGAGAGGGAGACGGUUGAAAAAAUCAACAAAUACCUCCCUGAUGACAUCCGGGCGGUGGACAUCAGGCGAGCACCGAAGAGCUUCGACAGCAGGACGCGGUGCAGCGGCAGGCGGUACGAGUACAUCAUGCCCACGUACGUGCUGGCUCCCAAGGCGUACGUCACGGACCUAUUCGAAACGGCGUUGGAGUGGGAAAUGGCCCACGCCGGCGGUGGAGACAGUAGUGCGGUGGACGACCUAGGGGAAACUGCGGAUAUUUCCGCCGUGGCGGGGGGCUCGAUACAAGUGGAUGCGGCCCAACUAGCAGCAGGUUCUCCUCCGCCUGAGGCAGCGCAGGCCGAAAAUGCUUCUAGUGGCGCGGUGCUGCCGUCGGCGGGAGCAGUCGGAACGGAAGCAUCAGGAUUAACAGAUGCUGCCGAUGCUGCGGCGGCGGCCUCCAUGGAGACUCCGGCUGCGGGACGAAGGCAAGGGCACGCGGUGGGUGCGGCGGACGACGACGGGGCAAGCGAGUACAGCGGGAGGAGCGACACCGAAGGAGACGACGACGACGGCAACUCGCAGCAAGAGUACGAAGGGAGCGGGGACGAAGGAAAGGAAGCUAGGUUAAGGCAGGCCGCCGUGGAGCUGUCUUCUCCGGCCGUGGUCCAGAGGGUGGCGGAGCAGCUGAAGGGGUACCGCUUGAAGCCGGACAGGCUCGAGGACCUGCGAGAGACGCUCAAGGGGUUCCUGGGCACCAAGAACUACCACAACUACACCAACCACAAGAAGGCGACGGACGCGAGCUGCAAGAGGUUAAUAACCUCGUUUACAGCGUCGGACCCUUUUGAGCACGAAGGCAUGGAAUGGAUCCGGCUGACCGUCGGGGGGCAGAGCUUCAUCAUGCAUCAGAUCCGCAAGAUGGUGGCCUCUACGGUAGACCGCGUUCGAGGGCAGUCCAAUCCGGAGGACUUCACCAAGUCCUUCUUACCCGAGAAGAUAAACCUGGGAAUCGCCCCCAGUGACGGGCUCUACUUGGAGCGACCGCUCUACGAGCCCUACAACAAGGACGUGAAACGCGCUAAAGCUCACGAUCGCCUUCUGGAGUGGGAGACUGGACCCGCUGCCGAGGCCCUGGAAGACUUCAAGAAGAACAAAAUUCACGCAGGAAUCCUCGCAAAGGAGCAAGCGGACUACGACUUCGUAGCUUGGUUGGACCGCAUCACGAGAUACCCGUGCAAUUACUAGGGUAGACCUGGAGCGCGCAUGGUUCGGAGAUGGGGUUUGUCUUGGGCUCGGAGUUCGAAAAUGCUGUUACGCUGCCUGUGUUUGGAGCUGUGCCCGCUAUUUCCCCGGACACCCAGAAAUCUUGUGCCAUCAAGACCUGUGGCGGCACGAGGGUUUCACCCAGUGUUUGUGCUGACGGAGCGUUUGGCAUACUCGAAGCACCCUUGUUGAUGCUCUGUCGUAGAGCUCGAGGGCGAGUCGAUAUGAGCAAGUAGGGCGCGGAGAAAUGCUAGAAAUUGCACCGAUUUGGACGGCUGGAGUCGGAAAUUGGGAGGGUGAGAUGAUUUUGCUCUGCUUUCGCGCGUAGCGGUGACGCGCCCUCACCCGCGUACGCCUGCUUUUUGGGACAGGAGGGCAUGUGAUACUCGUCUCAGAACGUCCAGCUAGUUGCCUCGACAGAACCGUACAUGGGAGGCACGUGCUGCUCUUUUUCAAAGAGUCCGCUGCUUGAGCAUGUGGCAAGGCUCGCGAGUGUGGAGGAAGUUUAAGGGCGUCUUGCUAAAGCCUCGCAGCGCUACGUCGCCGCCAGGAGUACGAUGAAGAAAUGUAAAACUUUUAUCC